AUGCGCAAUUACGUAAAUUUACUCACUUACGUUCGUCUCACUGCGCCUGCUCGUUUUAUCUUUUACGAGGCACCCGGCUCUCGAGUGAUGGGAGUGGUGGGACCUUCCAGUGUGGCCGAUGGAUUACCCCUUCUUCAUCUCAGCCCUUAUCUCUCGCCACCUCUGCCCUUCAGCACAGCUGUUGUCCGGCUUGUAGCAUUGCAGAUUCAGGCUUUGAAAGAAGAUUUCCCCUUAAGCCACGUGAUCUCCCCAUUCACCAAUCAGGAAAGAAGGGAAGGAAUGCUUUUAAACCUACUGAUUCCAUUUGUGCUCACAGUAGGAUCUGGAAGCAAAGACAGCCCUUGGCUGGAGCAACCCGAAGUCCUCCUGCUGCUCCAGACGGUCAUCAACAUCCUGCUCCCUCCUCGCAUCAUCAGCACUUCCCGCAGCAAGAACUUCAUGCUGGAGAGCUCCCCGGCCCACUGCUCCACGCCAGGAGACGCAGGGAAGGACCUGCGCAAGGAAGGCCUGGCCGAGUCCACCAGCCAGGCGGCCUACUUAGCCCUGAAGGUGAUCCUCGUCUGUUUUGAGCGUCAGUUGGGCAGCCAGUGGUAUUGGUUGAGCCUGCAGGUCAAGGAGAUGGCUUUACGGAAAGUGGGAGGCCUGGCCUUGUGGGAUUUCCUGGAUUUUAUUGUCCGUACCCGGAUUCCUAUCUUUGUCCUCCUUCGACCUUUCAUUCAGUGCAAGCUGCUUGCUCAGCCUGCUGAGAAUCACGAGGAGAUGACUGCCCGCCAACACAUCGCCGAACAGCUUGAACGGCGCUUCAUCCCACGCCCCCUGUGCAAGAGCUCCCUUAUCGCAGAAUUCAACAACGAACUGAAGAUCCUCAAGGAAGCUGUGCACAGUGGCUCAGCCUAUCAAGGGAAGACCUCUAUCAGUACUGUGGGCACCUCCACCUCCGGGAGCGGUAAUCACCGACUGAGCUUUCUGGCCACCAUGUCGCCUUCCAAUACGGGCAAGAACCGAACGGUCUGGGAACAAGAUGAAGGAAAGCUGCAGCAUUCCCAGCAGGCUUCCCAGGACACUCUGAGCCGAACAGACGAGGAGGAUGAAGAGAAUGAUUCGGUGAGCAUGCCCAGUGUGGUAAGUGAACAGGAAGCAUACCUUAUGGGUUCCAUUGGGAGGAGGCGAUUCUCCAGUCAUCUCUCCAGCAUGUCCGCACCUCAGGCUGAGGUGGGCCUGUUACCCAGCCAAAGGGUUGCAAGCGUGCAGAGCGAACCAGGCCACCACAACCUCCUUCUGCAGCAGCCCCUGGGGCGGAAAAGAGGUCUGAGACAAUUAAGGAGGCCUCUUCUGUCACGUCAGAAAACCCAAACCGAACCGCGCAGCCGUCACGGAGCCCGGCUCUCCACUACGCGCAGAAGUAUACAGCCGAAAUCAAAACCUGCAGUCGAUCAGAAACGAUCUGUGACUUUUACUGAAGCACAGUCGGAAGCAUCCAGCUCAAUGCCUGACCAAGCCUUGAUAGCAGCCCAGCAGCAAAGCGCGAAAAGGGGCAGCCCUGCAGACGGCAAGAAGCAGGAAGCCACCAGCAAGCCUGUCCUGACCUCUUCUCCGGCCAUUAUUGUGGCUGAUCUCCACAGUCAGGCCACCACCAGCCAGGGUGACGCGCUUUCUCUCGAGAAGGAUAAAAAAAAGGAGGAUGAACCAGAGACGAGGUUGAUUCCUGCCCCUGGAAGCCCUCCACCCUCGCAGCUUUCUGACACGGAGGAUUUCACAGGCCUGGAGACCACCAGCUUACUGGAGCAUGGAGACACCAUCCUCCAUAUUAGUGAGGAUAAUGGGAUGGAAAACCCGCAGUUCACCUUGACGCAUGUUGAGGUGGGGCAGACUGACGUUGGCUUAGAUGAGUCCCAUGUUUGAUGACUGGGGGGAGGGGGAAGCUGCGUUCAUCUCCAAAUUCACCUGUAAGUAAUUUAAAGAGCACUUUAUAAACUACGAGGGCCACAUCUAGUAGCCUGUCUGGCACAUGUGAGCCAAUCUGUUGAAAACAGGCCAGGGCCUUUAGGCAGAUCUAGUUGGACUCAGGGGAGACUGUGAAAUAGAGGAAUGGUUCCAGAAUGGAAUCUUCCUCUGCAUAGAAUGAAUUCUUAAUAUCUUGCUCUUCGGCAGACAAACUAACAUAAAAUGCCAGGCAGAAAUCCAAGCAACCUUUUUGGAGGCUAGCCACCUAAACAUAGGAUCCCAAAGUUUAUUUUUGUAAUCUCAGAAGGAGAGAUAAAUAUAUCUAUAUAAAUAUAUAUAUAUAUACAUAGUAUAUUAAUUAAAAAUAUAUAUUACUAGCUAAAGAGCUAUGGAUGCUUUAUGACUGUCCGUGCUUCAUUUAGCAUCAUAAUGCCAAAUGCCAGAUAAAGAUCAGAGAUGAGGCAUUUUCUGUUCCAGGUUUGAGAUUUCAAACUCUGAGUUAUAUACCUGAGAAACCAUACAUUUGCCACCUCCUUAAAAUUAACUGUAGACUACAGUGAAGUGAAGAAUGUUAAGACUAUGCACUGUUGUAGACAUUUGGGCUGAGUGUUCUAUACAUGAAAUAAACAGCACUACAUAUUCUGCUUAAAAAUAUUAAGAAACUUUAACUUCAACAGGGAAAUGUGUGUGGAUCUUCUGAUAACAAUCUAUUCAGCCAUGUUUGUACUUACAAGUAUAUCUGUGUUCCCCAACCAGCGGUUGGUAUCAUACAGAACAUUUAUGCUCACUUGGAGUGUAACAGGAAAAGAUUUAUUCCCUUGUACACUUAUGUGAAUCUUCAGCUAUCUGUAAUUCUCUGUGUGAAAAAGUGUAACAAUUAUGAAUUAUACCUCACUUGAAAGUCA